GUCCCAAACCCCAUCCAUGCAGAGAGGGAUGAGGGGGAGGGGGAGAGUGGGAGAAGGGGGGGGGGGAGGAGGGGGAGAGUGGGGGGCGAGAGGGGAAGGAGGAGGAGGAGGAGGAGGAGGAGGAGGAGGAGGAGGAGGAGGAGGAGGAGGAGGAGGAGGAGGAGGAGGAGGGGAAGAGUGGGGAACGGGAGGGGGUGGGGGCGGGAGAGAGUGGGGAACGGGAGGGAAGGAGGGGGAGAGUGGGGAACGGGAGGGGGAGGGGGAGGAGGAGAGGGAGAGUGGGAAACGGGAGGGGAAGGAGGAGGAGAGUGGGGAACGGGAAGGGGGGGAGGAGGAGGAGGAGAGUGGGGAACGGGACGGGGAGGGGAAUGGGGAGAGUGGGAAAUGGGAGGGGGAGGGAGAAGAGGAGGCGAAUGAGGAGGAGGAUGUUAGGACGGAAGCAGCAGUGCCGAGAAAGAAGAGGUCAGUGGAGGACGAGGAGGGAAGUGGUGGAAACGAGGAGGUGAAAGAGGGAGAAGAAACUAAUGGGAGUGGAAUAAGAGUAAAAGUAAGAGUACAGGAUGAGGAGGAUAGAUGA